UAUUGUCAAAUGAUAAGUUAUCUAUUCCGGUUAGUACAAACCACAUUAAGUUGAUUUUAUUCAUUCAAUCAGUCAGUUUCAUCAAACAGAGACUUCUAGAAUCGUAGCGGCAGGAAUGGAUAAUUCUCACUCCAUUUAAAAUGUUACAGGAGUUUUUUAUCGAUAAUAUUAAAAUGAAAGUUAUCUAGUUUCGCAUGAAAGGAUAAAACUGUGGAGUAUAUAUUAGAACAUUACUAAAUCACAGUAUUUGUUUCCCUUUUUUGCUAACAAACCGGGAUUCAGAAUGUUUAUAUGAAAUUACGUGUAAUGAUUUAAAUAUGUAAAGGUUAUUCAAUUGUAUCAAACAAGGAAAUAGAUUUAGAUAUUAUGAAAGCAAAGACGAUGCAGCGGAAAAUAAAUUAGUGGAAGAAGAACUUUAAAGUAUGGCAACAAUAGAUUGUAAAGUAGUGCUUCUUGGAAGUGCAAGUGUAGGAAAAACUUGUUUAUUAGAUAGAUAUCUCCACGGGCAGUUUAGUAUGAAUACAAAUGCGACAAUUGCAGGAUCGUUUGCAUCUAAGAAGGAAGUUUUGCAGAACGUUUCAGUCAUUUUAGGUUGCUGGGAUACAGCUGGUAGUGAACGCUAUGCGUCAAUAUCCCGGAUGUACUAUCGAAAUGCACGUGCAGCUAUCGUCUGCUUUGAUUUGACAGAUAGGUCAACAUAUGAAACUGCCAGAUUUUGGGUGUCAGAAGUUCUUCAAGAAGAAAAGGACUGUAAAGUAUAUUUCUGUGGAACAAAAUAUGAUUUGGUUGAAGAUAAACCAGAACUGCGACAAAUCGAAAAGAAAAAAGCACAGGAACUUGCUCAUGAUUUACAGACAGACUACUUUGAGACUUCAAGUAAAACCGGGGAAAAUAUAGAUCAGCUUUUUAAAAAGAUCGCAAAAGAUUAUUCUAUUUGGGAGGAUAACGAAGCGUGCAAUAAACUACUCGUAAACGAUUCCAUCAGACUUCAUCAUUCAAGUUGGAAGAAGGAUCCGCGCGUGCGCAGAGAAGGGGAAUCAAGUUGUUGUCUAUGGUGAUGAUAAUACGAAUGUAAUGUGCUGUAGACAGUGUGGUCUGCCUGGAUUCCAAAACUUCUAUUUUAUUUCUUAUAUUCUAACAAUUUAAAUUGCUCUGUCGCCUUUAUAAAUUGUUGAUUUAUCAUUAGUCGUGAUUUAGAUUAAACUGUUUUUGUUAUACAUGUAAUUGUUACUGCUAGCUUAUGUUAGGUAUAAUAAAAUGGAUAUAAGAUCA